UAAUGUGGGCGUGACGAUGUUACGCAGUAGAAGUUCGCGGAGUCACCGUUUUGAAAGAUUUAAGGCGGUGUUCGGGUUCGGCUUCGCUCUUCUCAGUGAUAAGUGAGACAAGCUUUGCAGAAGUUUUAUUUCAGCCGACGGACACGCGCAAAGAGGACGCGCGCGUGGCUCUCUUUUCACUUUCGUCGUAGGAUGACAUUCUGAAGAGAAGAUAAAGCUUAAAUUAACAGAGGGGAAACAUGACCAAGAUGGAAGUGAAAACGUCACUUCUUGACGAUAUGAUAGGAGUGGGGGAUAUGGUCCUCCUGGAGCCUCUGACCGAAGACUCCUUUAUUCAAAACCUCAAGAAUCGCUUUGACCGUGAUGAGAUCUAUACUUACAUUGGCAGUGUGGUCAUCUCCAUAAAUCCUUAUAGGUCACUGCCAAUCUACACAGCAGACAAGGUGGAGGAAUACCGCAACAGAAACUUCUAUGAGCUCAGCCCACACGUCUAUGCCCUGGCUGAUGAGGCCUACCGGUCACUGAGAGACCAGGAUAGAGACCAGUGUAUCCUCAUCACAGGGGAGAGUGGAGCAGGGAAGACAGAGGCCAGCAAGCUGGUGAUGUCAUAUGUGGCAGCUGUGUGUGGGAAAGGUGCUGAGGUCAACAAGGUGAAGGAGCAGCUGCUUCAGUCCAAUCCUGUGCUGGAGGCUUUUGGGAAUGCAAAAACUGUAAGAAAUGACAACUCUUCUCGAUUUGGGAAGUACAUGGAUAUUGAAUUUGACUUUAAAGGUGACCCUUUGGGUGGAGUAAUUAGCAACUAUCUUCUGGAGAAGUCUCGGGUUGUCAGGCAGCCCAGAGGAGAGAGGAACUUCCACAUAUUUUACCAACUCCUCUCUGGAGCAUCAGAUGACUUACUGAAAAAACUAAUGCUGGAAAGAAACUUCUUCAAAUACAACUACCUGAGUCUUGAUUGUGCUGUGGUCAAUGGGCUGGAUGACGCUGCCAACUUUCGGAGUGUCAGGAAUGCUAUGCAGAUUGUUGGCUUCAUGGAGAGUGAGGUACAUUCUGUGCUGGAGUUGGUGGCUGCUGUGCUAAAGCUGGGCAAUAUUGAGUUUAAGUCAGAAUCACGUGUCGAUGGUUUUGAUGAGAGCCGGGUGAAGGACAAGAAUGACCUGAAGGAAAUGUGUGAGUUACUGGGUAUUGACCAGUUGAUACUGGAAAGGGCCUUCAGUGUCCGGACUGUGGAAGCCAAACAGGAGAAGGUGUCUACCACCCUCAAUGUGGCCCAGGCCUACUAUGCCCGAGAUGCUCUCGCCAAAAAUCUUUAUAGUCGACUGUUCAGUUGGUUGGUGACCAGGGUAAAUGAAAGUAUCAAGGCUCAAACCAAAGCACAAAAGAAAGUGAUGGGGGUCUUAGAUAUUUAUGGCUUUGAAAUUUUUGAGAAUGGAGACAACAGCUUUGAGCAAUUCAUCAUCAACUACUGCAAUGAGAAACUUCAGCAAAUCUUUAUUGAGCUGACUCUGCGGGAAGAACAAGAGGAGUACGUUAGAGAGGGGAUUGAAUGGACAAACAUUGAAUACUUCAACAAUGCAAUGAUCUGUGACCUCAUUGAAAAUAACAAGAAUGGGAUCCUAGCCAUGCUUGAUGAGGAGUGUCUGCGCCCUGGAAAUGUGUCAGACGAGACCUUCCUAGACAAGCUCAACACAGUCUGCGCUAAGCACCAAUGCUUUGAGAGCUGUCACAGCAAGAACUCAAAGUUCCUCACUGACCGCAGCUUGCCUCGCAACUGUUUCCGCAUUCAGCAUUAUGCUGGCAAGGUGUUGUACCGCGUGGAAGGAUUUGUAGACAAGAAUAACAACUUGCUUUACCGUGACCUUUCCCAAGCAAUGUACAAGGCUAACCACAGUCUGAUUAAGCUGCUCUUCCCUGAGGGAGAACCUAGUAAAGUCAACUUGAAAAGGCCACCUACUGUCGGCUCCCAGUUCAAAGCCUCAGUAGGCACAUUGAUGAGGAAUCUGCAAACCAAAAACCCCAACUACAUUCGAUGCAUAAAGCCUAAUGACAAAAAGGCAGCCCGCCUCUUCACAGAGAUGUUGGUGUGCCAUCAAGUGCGUUACUUAGGCCUCAUGGAGAACGUCCGUGUGCGCCGUGCUGGCUAUGCCUUUCGCCAGCCCUAUGAACCUUGCCUGGAGCGGUACAAGAUGCUUUGCAAACAAACUUGGCCUCAGUGGAGGGGUCCAGCCAGGGAAGGAGUGGAGGUGCUUUUAACCAGCUUGCAGAUCCCAAAGGAGGAGUUCUCCUAUGGACAUACCAAGAUCUUCAUCAGGAACCCCAGAACGCUCUUCACACUGGAGCUGAAGAGGAAGCAGUGUCUGGAGGAUCUGGCCACACUGAUUCAGAAGAUCUACCGUGGCUGGAAGAGUCGUAAAUUCUUCCUGCUCAUGAGGAAGAGCCAGAUCAUUGUGGCAGCCUGGUAUCGCAGAUAUGCACAAAAAAAGAAAUACCAGCAGAUCAAGAUCUCAACUGUUGUGGUACAGUCUUACAUCAGAGGAUGGAAGGCUCGGAAGACACUUCGUGAGCUAAAAUACCAGAAAAGAUGCAAUCAAGCAGUGACUACUAUUUCAGCAUAUUGGCACGGGCAACAAGUCCGUCGGCAAUACAGAAAGUUCUUUAAAUCCAAUGCAGGAAAGAGGAUAUGCAACUUCAUCAUUCAGAGAACUAUGCAAAAGUACUUCCUGGAGUUGAAGAAGACACUUCCUUCUAUGUCACCCACUGACAAGUCCUGGUCUCCCCACCCCUGUCGGUUCAUGGAGGGAGCAGACAAAGAGAUUAGGAGAAUAUUUCAUCUCUGGAAGUGCAAGAAAUACAGGGACCAAUUCACAGAACAAAGAAAGGCCAUCUAUGAGGAAAAGCUGGCAGCCAGUGAGAUCUUUAAGGACAAGAAGGCUCUGUACCCUAGCAGUGUCAGCCAGCCAUUCAAAGGGGACUAUUUAGAAGUCAACCAAAGCCCCAAAUAUAAAAAACUCAAAAGCAUGCUGGAGGAAAAAGUCAUCCUAUCAGAUGUGGUCAACAAAAUCAACAGGGCCAAUGGCAAGGGAGUGGCACGAACAUUUCUGCUGACCAAAAACAACUUCAUCUUGGCUGAUCAUAAAACUGGCCAUUUUAAGGCCAAGGUUCCUCUGGUAGAUCUCCGCAGUAUGUCGGUCAGCAGGCUAACUGAUGGCUUCUUCGCUUUGCAGUUUAAGGAGGGCUCUGCUUCAGCAGCCAAAGGGGACUUUUUGUUGAGCAGCGAACGGCUGAUUGAGAUUAUAACCAAGCUGCACUGUAUCACAGGCUCACCUGCAGAGAGGAACCAGAUCAACAUCCACAUUUUAGAUGAGUUUGUAGUUCAUUUCAAACAGGAAAAGGUGUGUGUGAAGUUCAUCCAGGGUGAACUCAAGAAUGACAGCAGUGCCGCAUGCAAGCGCAGAAACAAUCGCCUUCUGGAGGUGUCUGUGCCUUCUCUGUAGAGACAAUUUAACAACUGAGUACCUCUUCUGCAGUCUUUUCCUCAUAGGUUACUGUACUUUUAUCAACUGAAAUAAAUAUGAAAUUAUGAUGGUACCAGUGUACCAGAGAGGGGAAAAACUCUGAAAACCUCCCGAAAUUGGCAUUUUCAAUAAUAUUAAAACUGGAAAUCAUUUUCCCUCAUCCUUGUCACCUUUAAUAGGAAAAGAAUCAAUGAAAAAAUUAGUAAAUCCAGGCCAGGUUAACCAGAUGUAAAUAAAAAUAAUACAUGAAACAAAAGGUAUUCUCCUUGUCUAGAAAUACUAUACUUGGUCAAACUUAAAUUUGUAUCUAAAACAAAAUGGUUAUGUACAUUAUUUCCAGUAUACUUCAUGUUGGAAUUUAUUGUUGCAUGAAACAUAAUUCGAUAAUGCUGUGUUGUAUUUAAUAUUACAGACUACAUGUUUUUUAUUAUUUACAUCUUAAUUCAUCUAGCUAUUUAUUUGACAGGUGUGAUGUUCAGGGAUAAAUGACCCAAAAGUUCCACAUAGGAUUGACAAUGUUCUUGUAACAGCACAUAGUUUGAUCUCUGUAAAAUGCCUCUUUAGACAACCCAUACCUGCUAAACUCAAAGUCACGGGGUAUGGAACUAUCAAAAGAUUGUACAGUUUUUACAAAAAUUGUCAAGCAGCAGCAAUAGGAUUGGGAUGCUCUGUUUCACUUGCUGUAACAUGUGAUACCUGUACAAGACAACUACAUUUAGAAGAAGUUGGCCAGUGACACCAUACUUGUGAUAUUCCUUUUGAUUUUACUGUUGCCAAGGCAAUGAAUAACCUAUGGGUAUGGGAGGCUGUUUGGCAUGGGCUUUCUGUUUUGAAAUAAUGCAAACUUUUCUAAGUAUAGCUCACAGCUUUGCACUUUGCAAUAUCUGCAAAAAAAAGUCUUUAAGUAAAUGUGCAUAUCUUUCUCCAGUCAAAUCAUGUCUACAUAGAAGUGCUCCACAUUAAAGUUUAUGAUCUUUUACUGGAUAUAAUUACAUUAAAACAAUUAGUCAUUAUGAAAAUAAACUGCACCAAUGAUAAUCUCUCUACUCUUUACACUAAACACUAAAUCAACUGCAAAAGCUUGUUAAAUCUAGAGUAGCUUCCAUUAUGUAAAUGUACUGGUGCAUUAAGUAAAUCUUUUCCUCAUUUGUUCAAAACAUCUGGGAAGUGUUCAUGCAGUAUGCAUACCUUCAUUCUCAAAAAGUAACCAUAUUGUAACUAAUUUAACUGUGUUUCUAACUGCAAUUCAUUUAAAUAAAAUCAAUGGAAAAUAAAACUUUGGCAAAUGCACAACACA